AAUCAGCGGGGAGUGUUACGUAAUGACGCAGGCGACGCAAGUGUCAGAGGACUUCCGGUUUGAUCGCUCGGGAGUGAACGUCCCAUCCGGUAGUGUUGUGCGGACCCCGAAGGAGACAAGAUGGCGAUGCAAGCGGCGAAACGGGCAAACAUUCGUUUGCCUCCUGAAGUAAACCGCAUCUUAUACAUAAGAAAUUUGCCGUACAAAAUAACAGCAGAAGAAAUGUAUGACAUAUUUGGAAAGUAUGGGCCAAUCAGACAGAUAAGAGUUGGGAAUACACCUGAGACGAGAGGAACUGCUUACGUGGUGUACGAAGAUAUUUUUGAUGCCAAGAAUGCUUGUGAUCACUUGUCUGGUUUUAAUGUCUGUAACAGAUACCUUGUAGUUUUAUACUACAAUGCAAAUAGGGCAUUCCAGAAGAUGGAUACAAAGAAAAAGGAAGAGCAACUCAAAAUUCUCAAGGAAAAGUAUGGAAUUAACACAGAAACAAAAUGAACCAUUGAGUCUUUGUUUCAAUUUUUGUAUUGUAAAUAUUGUUGAAAGGAUUUUGAAUAACAAGAAAAUGAAAAUCUCAAGAAUUUGAUAGUGUAAGAAAAUCAUUUACUUAGAACAAGUGGAUGGUUAUUUUAAACAGUGCCAUUUAUCUUGGCUCCAUUUCCUGGUGACAAUUAAAUACAAAUUAAAUUAAAUACAAAAAUAUAUUUAAAUUACCUUGUUUUUACUGUAGUGUUGAAGCUUGUUCAUAAUGUGCGCACUUGAAUUCAAAAAUAUUAAAAUAUGGUUCUUUGUAUGAAA